GCCAUCAUCGCAGAUCGGGGCUCCUAGAGACACACCAGAGCAGAUACCAUGAUGGCCCCCUUUGCAUCUCUGGCAUCUGGCAUCCUCUUGUUGCUAUCACUGAUAGCUUCCAGUAAGGCCUGUAGCUGUGCCCCACCCCACCCACAGACAGCCUUCUGCAACUCGGACCUGGUCAUAAGGGCUAAAUUCAUGGGUUCCCCAGAAAUCAACGAGACCACCUUAUACCAGCGUUAUAAGAUCAAGAUGACUAAGAUGCUAAAAGGAUUCAAGGCUGUGGGAAAUGCCGCAGAUAUCCGGUACGCCUACACCCCAGUCAUGGAAAGCCUCUGUGGAUAUGCCCACAAGUCCCAGAACCGCAGUGAAGAGUUUCUCAUCACGGGCCGCCUAAGGAACGGAAAUUUGCACAUCAGUGCCUGCAGCUUCUUGGUUCCCUGGCGUACUCUGAGCCCUGCUCAGCAAAGAGCUUUCUCAAAGACCUAUAGUGCUGGCUGUGGGGUGUGCACAGUGUUUCCCUGUUUAUCUAUCCCUUGCAAACUGGAGAGUGACACUCACUGUUUGUGGACGGAUCAGGUCCUCGUGGGCUCUGAGGACUACCAGAGCCGUCACUUUGCUUGCCUGCCACGGAAUCCAGGCUUGUGCACCUGGAGAUCCCUUGGGGCCCGAUGACCUGAAGCCUUCCCCCAGGAAAAACUGAAGCCUGAACACUGUCUACUUUUCCUCCAUCUUUCUUUCUCUUAGAUGGUGAAAUAAAGAACUAUCAGACAGCA